AUGCCUUGGACCAGACCCCAGGUGGAGCCCCACGAGAGCGUGGACCAGUACCCCGCCGACCACCACCACUACGAGGGCUCCCUGUUCCCCACCUCCACCCUGGUCCCCGUCACCGUCAUCUGCAUCCUCAUCUUCGUGGUGGGCGUGGCGGGCAACACCAUGACCAUCCUCAUCAUCCAGCGCUUCAAGGACAUGAAGACCACCACCAACCUCUACCUGUCCAGCAUGGCCGUGUCCGACCUGCUCAUCUUCCUCUGCCUUCCCUUCGACCUCUACCGCCUCUGGAAGUACGUGCCCUGGCUGUUCGGCGAGACGGUGUGCCGGCUGUACCACUACAUCAACGAGGGCUGCACCUACGCCACCAUCCUGCACAUCACGGCGCUCAGCGUGGAGCGCUACAUCGCCAUCAGCUUCCCGCUGCACUCCAAGGCGCUGGUGACGCGCCGCCGCGCGCAGUACGUCAUCCUGGCCCUCUGGGGCUUCGCGCUGGUGUCGGCCGCGCCCACGCUCCUCCUGGUGGGCGUGGAGUACGACAACGCCUCGCACCCCGACCUGAGCACCGGCCAGUGCAAGCACACGGACUGGGCCAUCGUGUCGGGCCAGCUGCACAUCAUGCUGUGGGUGUCCACCACCUACUUCUUCUGCCCCAUGCUGUGCCUGCUCUUCCUCUACGGCUCCAUCGGCUGCAAGCUGUGGAAGAGCCGCAUGGAGAUGCAGGGGCCCUGCGCCCUGGCCCGCGAGAGGGUCCACCGGCAGACCGUCAAGAUCCUGGUGGUGGUGGUGCUGUCCUUCAUCAUAUGCUGGCUGCCCUACCACAUCGGCCGGAACCUGUUCGCCCAGGUGGACGACUACCACACCGCCAAGCUGAGUCAGGACUUCAACGUGGCGUCCAUGGUGCUGUGCUACCUCAGUGCCUCCAUCAACCCGGUGCUCUACAACCUCAUGUCACGCAAAUACCGCGCCGCGGCCCAUCGACUCUUCCUCCUCCACCGUCGCCCGCGGCGUCGAGAGCUCUGUGGCCAGCCGCAGCUCAGCGCCAUCGACGACAUCACCACCCUCCACGAGACGCUGACCGGCGUCUGAGAAGAGAUUGCGGUUCAUUUGAAACGGCUGCUUUUUGAUGA